AGGCGGCGGGGGGGCGGGCCCUUCCCUGUGUUGUCGACAUCAGAGACGAACAACAGAUCGAAGACGCCGUCAAGAAAGCAGUGGACACUUUUGGAGGGAUUGACAUCCUGGUGAAUAACGCCAGCGCCAUCAGCCUGACGGGGACGCUGGACACGCCCAUGAAGAAGGUCGACCUGAUGCUCGGGAUCAACCUGCGCGGGACCUACCUCACGUCUAAGCUGGUCCUUCCUCACCUGCUGAAGUCUCGGGUUUCUCCUCACAUCCUGAACCUGUCUCCUCCUCUGAACCUCAACCCAGUGUGGUUCAAGAACCAUACAGCGUACACCAUGGCGAAGUACGGCAUGUCCAUGUGCGUCCUGGGGAUGGCUGAAGAGUUCAGAGGUCAAAUCGCCGUCAACGCCUUGUGGCCCCGAACAGCGAUCCAGACGGCGGCGAUGGACAUGCUUGGCGGGGCAGGCGUGGCUAAACAGUGCCGUACAGCGGACAUCAUGGCGGACGCCGCGUACGCCGUCCUCUCCAAACCCACCGACUUCACUGGAAACUUCCUCAUCGACGAGGACGUGCUGAGGGGCGAAGGCGUGCGCCACUUCGACCAGUACGCCGUUGAGCCCGGACAUCCUCUUCUGCCGGAUUUCUUUUUGGAUGAAACUCCAGAGUCACUGGCGCAGAAAAUGGAGGAGCACGGAGCCACGCCCACCUUCAGACCGCCCUCUCAGGCCCCGCCCACCUCCUCUGGACCAAUCGAAAGCACCUUCGACGUCAUCAGAGCGUCAAUCAACGAAGACGUGGUCAAGUCCACUCAAGGACUGUACCGCUUUGACCUGACAGGGGAGCACAGCGGGGUCUGGUUCCUGGACCUGAAGUCCGGUUCUGGGAGCGCCGGGGCCGGAGAGCCGGAGGGGAAAGCCGACGUCGUCAUGACGAUGGAUUCAGACGACUUCAGCAAAAUGUUCUCAGGGCGGCUGAAGCCGACUCUGGCCUUCAUGUCGGGGAAGCUGAAGAUCAAAGGAGACAUGACGAUGGCCAUAAAACUGGAGAAACUCAUGAACCGCAUGAACCGCGCCAAACUGUGACCCCCGACCUCUGACCCUCGACCGCAGGGUGACGGGGUCAGAGUGGGGAGCAGGAGUCUCCAGUGAUUUGUGAAAAACUGCUUCUGAAACUCUGGAUUCUGGUUGUUUGAAUGUUUCAUGAGCCUCAGACCACGCCCCUCACACAUAACCCCGCCCACUGACAUCAGACCACGCCCCUCACACAUAACC